AUGCCGGGCAGACAAGCCCACGGCCGGGCUCCAGGCCACGGGCAGGGUUCGAAAGCAAAAGGCAAAGGCAAAAGCCAAGGCCAAGGAGGAUCAGGAGGUGGUGGAAACAGGCGAUCGAAAGUAAAGUCGACCAAGAAGGCCCUCAACGCCUUCUCCAUCGCCCAGGAGGAGCACGGCGACCGAAACAAGCUCACGCCCCGCAACCGCGCCCUCGAUCUCGAAGUAGAACCCGGUAGUCGUGCGAAACAUGGAAGAGACGAAGAUGACGACGAGGAUGAAGAUGACGACGAGGGCCCGCCGAGGAAGAUGCGCCGGGGUGGUGGCAAUGACGAUUUCGACGACGGAGGCGAUUCUAGCGGCAGCGAGCCGUGGCACGUCGGUGUCGAUGCCGACGAUGACGAUUCCGAUAUCGAUAGCGACGAAGCUUUCGGGGAGAGCGACGAGGAGAGAUUCGAGGCUUAUACUUUCCGCGGGAGCUCUAAGAAAAAGAAGCAGGCUAGAGAUGACAGUGAAGAAGAAGAAGAUGACGACGAUGCUGACGGUGCCUCGCUUGGAUCUGACGCUAUAGAUCUCGCAGAGGCUCUCGAUAUGUCCAUGUCGGAAGACGAUGCCCAACCAGAUGGCGACAAAGCAGCGGCAGAUUCGGACUCUGAGGAGUCAGACGCCGACAGCGCAUCUAGUGAUGAGUCCUCAGGAGAUGAUGAAGACGAAGACGACGUAUCGGAGUCUGGAAUCAACGCCUGGGUCUCCCAGUUCGGUGGGGCCCAAGAUGAGGAAGAGGAGGAGGCACAAUCGACCAUCACGAAACCUAAACUGGGUCUGAAAGAUUUAGGUCUACUAGGUGUCAAAGAUCCGCAGCUCAAGAAGUCUCUCAAGCUCAUGACGAAGGAGGAGAAGUCCAGCAAGCCCAAGAAGCUCGAGGUGCCCCUCGGGACGCGCGAACAGGCCAAACUCGAUCGGGUUGAGGCUUACAAAAAGACCAACGAAACACUGGACAGAUGGACAGAGACUGUGAAGCACAACCGAAGGGCCGAUCACAUCGUUUUCCCUCUCCCGCAGAACCAGACAGGUCUUGCUCGACAUGACAACACCGAGCUGAUGCCCCUGACUCAGAAAGCCGCAGGGACUGAGUUGGAGCAGACUAUCCUGGCCAUCAUGGAGGAAAGUGGUCUAGGCCCGAGUACCAAGAAAGAGAAGGAUCAAGAAGCCACAGAUGAGGUGGACGAACAAGGCCUCUCGCGGAGCGAUCGCAAGGCGUUGCAGCAACAAAAAAGAAGGGAAAGAGAUUUGCAGUCUAGAGAAGAUGCCCGCAACAAGCGUCUCAAGAAGAUCAAGUCCAGAACCUAUCGCCGGGUACACAGGAAACAACGGGACAAGGACGGGAUGAGAGAGCACGAGGCUGCAAAGGCGGCUGGUCAGAUUGACUCCGAUGAAGAGCGGGAGGCCCAGGAUCGCCAGCGAGCCAUGGAGCGCAUGGGUGCUCGACACAAAGAGUCUAAGUGGGCAAAAACGGCCAACAAGGGCGGCCGUGCAGCUUGGGACGAUGACGUUCGGAUAGGGGUUGCCGAAAUGGCCAAAAGAGAUGAAGAGCUGCGUCGAAAAGUCGCAGGGAAACCAUCAGGGAAUGAUGAAGAGGAGGACGAGUCAGACUAUUCAGCCGACUCGGAAGACGUGGAUGACCGAAAGAGGCUUCUAAGAAAACUCGAGGGUGCCUCCACGGCAGAGGACACAGGGUCCACGUCUAAGUUGAUGAACAUGGCGUUCAUGCAGAAAGCAGAAGCGGCCAAGAAGAAAGCUAAUGAUGACCUGGUUGCUGAGAUACGACGAGACCUCGCCUCCGAUGAGGAGGAACAAGAUAAUUCAGACGAUGAGCCUGAUGACGUAGGUCGUCGGAAGUACGGGCAGCCAGCUGAUAAGAAGCUGGCCAAGCUGAAUGAGCUGAACGAGCGACUUGUCAAAGCUAGCAAGCAAGACAACGACAAGACGGCAGAAUUUCAGGAAGCACGAGACAAUAUCUCAGGUUCGGCGGGUAGGAAGGGGCUUUCUGCCGCGGUUCCACUGGAGCGAUCUACCAGUGCAUCAACCGGGGGAGCCUGGAGCCAGCCUGUCGCGUCUGGUUCGAGGAAACAGAAAGGAAAGAAGGCGGCGCCGAACACAGACGUGCUAGAACUGGGUGCCGAUUCUGUGGCUGUCGCCCCGUCCGCAGCCCCGAGAAGGGCCUCGAAACCCAGCAAGAAGGCCGCUGUAGCAUCCGGCGAGUACUCAUCUGACGACGAGGACAGCCAUCUGCCGAUUCAGUUCCGCGAGCAAGAUCUCAUUGAGAAGGCCUUUGGCGGACUGGACGUGGUGGCUGAGUUUGAGCAAGAAAAGGCUGAUGUUGCCGAAGAAGAAGAUGAGAAGGUGAUCGACAACACGCUGCCCGGUUGGGGAAGCUGGGUCGGUGCCGGAGUGAGCAACCGCGAAAAGAAGAGACAUCAGGGACGUUUCCUCACGAAGAAGGAGGGUGUCAAGAAGGAUGCGCGACGCGAUGCUAAGAUGCAGAACGUCAUUAUCAAUGAGAGGCGCGUUAAGAAGAAUGACAAGUACCUGGCCUCGGCUCUGCCUCACAUGUACGAGUCGCGCGCGCAGUACGAGCGCAGCUUGAGGCUGCCCAUCGGCCCCGAGUGGCAGACCAAGGAGACGUUCCAGGAGGCGACGAAGCCGCGCAUCCUCAUGAAGCAGGGCAUCAUUGCGCCGAUUGCGAAGCCUACGCACUGA